GCGCGCGUGAACAGAACUCAGAUAGAGAUACCUUCGGCUUCAGAUACUUUUGCAGUGCGCAUUACUCACUCGUCCGCCAGAUACGAAGAUACAUUUCGCAGUUCGCCAGACGAUUGCAACUGGCAAACUGGAUUUACCACCCAAAAAAUAACAAAACAAACAAAAAUACAAAACAAUACCCCACAACUACAACUCGUGUUAAGUGAAAAACGAAGCCAAUUGCAGCAGCAACAAAAAACUUUCAAAACCCGAGCCAUAGCGAAAUAGAAAAAGUAGUUCAGAGCGUGAAAAAUACGUUACUAGCUGCAAAAGUUGUGAAACGUAUCCGAGAGAUACAAACCCAUUUCGAGAGCGAGAGCUAAGGCAGAGUGCAAUUUCCAAAAGCCAAUACCAUUAAAAACAUAUUUAUAAAUCAACCGAAACCAAACAAAUAAUAAAGGCUGAAAAAUUGAAAAUACGCAAAACAAUUUUUCCAACAACUCAACCUCGCCGGCGAUUCGCAAGACAAACUAUUGUUGGAUUAACAUUUUUUUGAUCAAGAACAAAAGCCAAGCGAACGGAAGCGAAAUGCAAGUGGAGGCCAGCUAUCCCAAGUACGCCGGACGUGUGCCACCUUUGGACCUCUCGCAGGUGAACGCGGUUCAGGAUAUGUGGGGCAAUGGCAAUGGACCCAGCACUCCGACCUCCAGACGCCACCUGCACCAUCCCUACCAGAUGCUGGACAAGUGCCGCGGUGGGGUCACCAUGAUCAGUGCCUCCCAUUCCUCCUCCUCCGAUGACAACAACAAUCGACUGAUGAUGAGCGGCGAUGAUGGAACCACAAGUCUGCUGCAUCCGAUGGGCUCCGAUGGCCUGCCCCUGGAUCCGCGGGACUGGACGCGAGCGGAUGUUUGGAAGUGGCUCAUCAAUAUGGCCGUGUCCGAGGGACUGGAGGUCACGGCCGAACUGCCCCAGAAGUUCCCGAUGAACGGAAAGGCCCUCUGCCUGAUGAGCCUCGAUAUGUACCUGUGCCGCGUUCCCGUGGGCGGCAAGAUGCUCUACCGAGACUUCCGGGUGCGACUCGCCCGAGCAAUGGCCCUGCUCUCAUAGGUGUCUCACCCGAUGCACCCCAUAUCUCUGGUUGUACAUAUCUCUAGGAUUCGGUUAGUCUAGCCUAGUUCGCCUAGUUGUAAUGCCUAGUCGCUAGUGCUCUCGUUAGUUAAGUCUUAGGCAUAAGGUGCUGCAUUUCAAUAUUGUCAAAGAUUGCUCUCAAUUCUCACUUCAAAUGUUAGACGAGAGAAUUGAGAGAAAAUGGAAAAAUGAGUGAAGUAAAAUGCUGUCCUAUUAGUUUGAUAAGUUCGCAUCUGAAGAAAAUAUAAAAUGAAAUUUUAUAACUG